AUGUCUACCUCAGUUGACACCUCUUUGACCGGCAUCAAGGAAAUCACUGCCAAGAUCAUGGCCAUCAUCACCGGCACUCGGCAGCUUCCUCCGGGCCACAGCCACUUUUCUCUGACAACCCAGGUCAGUACACUCUGUGGUCCAAUUCCUGUGGAUCUUCCACCCUCACCUGUCAUUGCCGGGCCUUCUACCAACCCUGCCUCCGAGUCCCGGGAGAAGGGAAAAGGUAAGGCAGUUGUCCAGGACCCUGGAACUGGAAGUGGAAGGGAGUCGGAAGAGGAAGUCUCCAAUGAUUCCAGCACUUCCCUCCCAACCCCCGAAGUCCACUAUGAAGACUCGGAAGCGGGCAAAGACCAGCUGGCCUUGCCAAAUUCAAGGUGUUUGUUGAGUCGGAAGACUGAGGAGGACUCCGUCACUCAGCUGAUUUCGCAUGGAGUGCCAGAGGUCGUCCUCCCCUGGCUCUCCCCAGAUGUUGCAAGGACGUCUGGAUCACCUCGGUCACCCCAGAGCCUGAAGAAGAAACCCUUCGGGCCUGCUAUGGCAAUUGCCAGCAAACAUCCGGAGGUCAUUGAGCCCCCUCAGGCAACUCCCGAACCUCUGGUAGAGGCGCCCCCAGUCACCGAUGCAGGUGAUAUACUCAUUCCUGGACCCAACAACCCUUGCCAGGCUUGCCACAAGAUGGAAUGGCCCUGUGCAACUCGGUUUGACAAGAGGACCGGCGCCCUGUGCAUGUCCUGCAUCUACUGCACCACCAAGAAGAUCAAGUGCAUCUCCGUCAAUCCAUCACCCAGACCACCAGGAGGACCAGAUCCAGGACCCCUUCCAAAGCUCCCUCCAAAGCUCCAGCUGCCUCGCAAUCCACCGGCCAGACGUGGUGUAGCAAUGGUUGCGUUGGGCUUGAAACCACCAAUCCCUUUAGGAUCGAACGCACUUGCUCUGCAAGUAGUACGAUUUCUGCUGAGCCCAGCGGGAAUCAACUCUUUACAGUGGAGUCAAUCUCGGGUCUCUUCCGUCACUCCUGGUCCAUCUGGUGCCCAAACACCAAAGGCACAAACACACGGUUGCAGCAAGACUGUCACUGCUGCCAAGGAACCUACACCUGCACCAGCUCCAGUCCCAUCUUCGACUUCCAGAGUUCCUUGUUCGGCACUCGAUGUGCCAAUGCCGGAUUUGCAUGCCAUGGCAAUGGCGAUUCGGGAGGGUGCAGCUCAAAUCACCGCUCUCGAGGAGCGUGUUGUUGAGCAGGAUGCUAAGAUUGACACCCUGCAACGCCUUCAUGAAGGCCUUUGA